GUACGUCUUGCCGUUUACUUUAUACUUGUCUUGGUGGGAAUGAACUAGACAGAAGAGGCUGGCUACAACUAUGAAUAACAAUACACAGGCUGAAAAGGUGCUGGAGCAAAUAGAGAUGGAGGUGAGGAUGAGGGAUGGAGCCAGCAGACUGCUUGCAGCCUGUUCCCAGAGAGAACAGGCUCUAGAGGCGUCCAAAAACCUCGUGAGCUGCAACAGCCGCAUACUAGCCCUGCUCAGCCAGCUGCAGAAGAUGCGGAGAGACCAGGUCCUGCAACGCACAAGACAUGGCGGCAGCUUAUCUGAUGAUCUAAUUCCGUGUUUUGGAAAGCUAGCCAUAUCUGAUCUGCGAAUUCCUCUGAUGUGGAAAGACUCGGAAUACUUUAAAAACAAGGGAGAACUGCAUCGCUGUGCCUUCUUCUGUCUGCUUCAGUGUGACUCUCAGAUCUUGACUACUGACCUGCAGAUAGUAGACAGAACCUUGACUGAUAUCUGCUUUGAAGACACAUUUACUUUUGAUGAGGCUGGCCCUGGCUUCAUGCUGAGAUUAGAGUUGUACAGCAGUUGUCUGGCUGAGGAGGGCUCUCUGGGCACCAGGCGAGGCAGUCUUGGAGUCACAGCAAUGGGAAAUUUUUCAGGAAAGAAGCUUCGUGCUGCUCUUGAGUCUGCUGCUGUUUGUGGAUCCAACCCUAAUGGAAAAACAUCAACAGUGAUCUCAGACCCCUCAACACUGGAACCCAAGUUCAGCUUGUUGGCCCAUGUUACUCUGAAACUCAAAAAUGUUCACGAUGGUUUCAAGACACAUGACUUGUCUCUCGUAGCAACUGAGGAGAGCUCUUUCUGGUUGCCUCUGUAUGGUAACAUCUGCUGUCGCUUAGUGGCUCAGCCUCAGUGCAUGUUGACACCAACUUUAUGUGGCCAACUGAAGGUUAAGACGAGCAAUGACGGUUGGGAAAAUGUCUAUGGUGUCCUCCAGGGGAGUAGUCUUGUCUGCUAUCACAGUGAAGAGCAGAAAUCUGGCCCAUUACUUGUAAUCCCUAUUAGGAAGGAUACUUUCAUUUGUAUACCAGAGCAGAAUCUUGGCUCUCCACAGAGCUUAAUGAUCAGCAUAAAAACAGACAGAGAAGAUGAAGUCUACACAGUCGCAGCUGAUGACACACAACGCUGGGCUAAAGCUCUCAGGCAACACCUCCACAGCAUGGGUCAGUGGCAGCAGUGUUGUACUGAACUUAUGAAACUCAGCGUGUCUUUUGCACCAAAAUCUGCAGCAGUUCAGCAAGGGUCACUAUUUCAUGAAAUAGUGACCCCAUUAACACCCAAAGAAGGGCCUGCGGCAUCAGAUCUGUCAGCGGAUUUGCACAAUUUGCUUGCAUCCUAUUACAAAAAAAGCUGUUAAGAAGCAUACACAAUCGUUGAUUGUGAAGUGAAGUUUCAACUCUUCCCCAGCACUAACUACAGGUCUGAGAUGAUAACGAUAUGAAGCUCACAAAAUCAGAUGUACUAUUAAACUCUUAAACUCUUAAAUGAAUGUACUAAUAAUAAAGUUUGUUUAGACAUUAUUAUGAUAAUUCAUGUCCAUAUAUUAAUAUGAAUAUGAAUUAAAAACAUACUUCUGAACUAAACAAACACAGCAAAAUAUUUCAUGGAGCUAAAUGUAUAACUAACUUUAAUAGAUCUAUGAAGCUUUAUAUUAUAGAAAGGAUUUGUCCCCAAUGGUAAUGUGGAUGUCUUUUUGUUCAUCAGUCUCAAAUAGAAAUGUUAAACUUUCAUGUUCAGUUCAUAUUUUGCUAAUCAUUUCUUUUUGCAAAGUAGUCUAACAUGCUCUUUAAAUUUAGAAAGGAUUAUCGAUUUGCAUGUCAUCAUUAAAUCACUGUCAUGGGUGUGUCAAUGCCAGUGGCCAAUGCCACACCUAGAUUCCUGGCAACGUGCUUAAAUAUGGGAAUAAAAACAACAUAAUACUAACAAAAGA